GUCGUGAUCACGUUUGGAACGUUGCAUAAGAAUAUUCCAGACGUCGCCAUCUUUGUAGACGACAGGACGGACUCGGGUUUCAAGUAUUUUUGAACACAACUUUGCUAAAAACCAGCGAAAUCUCACUUUUGAGACUCACAGGUGUUGUCUGAAGAUGCGUCACCUGAAGCGACUGCGUUCCCCCGGGAUGUGGUUGGAUGAGUACUCCUGGGAGGAGAGAAUGGCAUUUGUUAAGAGGAGGAAAUGCGACUCUCACAGCAGUGAGAGAGAAAACAGAUCCAGAAGAACUGAGCGCCGUUAUAAAACGUAUGAAGGGCAUUACCUGGAGCCCCGUAGUCAGAACCAGAGGCUGGAUUUCCACGACGCUUACAUCUAUGACCACGAUUUCGACAUGGUUUGUGAUGAGAACAGUCGGGAAGACCUCUGCAGAAACGCAGAUCUUGACUGGCACCACUACAGCAAGUCGUCUGGGCGCAGUGGUCGCAGUGCGCGCAGCCGACGAAGCAGCCGCAGGCAGAGAGACAAAAGGCGCAGACGUAGCCACUCUCGCCCCGGGUCGUCCUCGACGAGGAGCCAUCACCGCAGGAGCAGGAAAAGAUCCAGGAGUGUUGAGGAUGAUGACGAGGGUCACCUCAUCUAUCACAUUGGAGACAUGCUGAGAGCCAGAUAUGAGAUUGUGUGUACACUAGGAGAGGGAGCCUUUGGGAAGGUCGUUGAAUGCAUUGAUCACUCCAAUGAUGGAGCUCGAGUAGCUCUGAAGAUCAUUAAAAACAUAGACCGCUACCGUGAGGCAGCGGUGUCUGAAGUCGAAGUGCUUCAACAGCUGAAGACUCUUGACUGCGAAAAACGAUAUGCGUGUGUGCACAUGCUGGACUGGUUUGACUACCACGGUCACAUUUGCAUUGCUUUCGAGCUGCUCGGCCUCAGCACCUAUGAUUUCCUCAAGGAAAACAACUUCCAGCCUUUUUCUGUAGAUCACAUCAGACACAUGGCGUAUCAGAUCAUCCGUGCCGUGCAGUUUCUGCAUAAGAAUAAGCUGACUCACACAGAUCUGAAGCCAGAGAAUAUCCUGUUCAUAAAUUCAGACUACGACAUGCAUUACAACCGUGAAAUGAAACGAGAUGAAAGAAAAUUAAAGAACCCAGAUAUAAAAAUCGUUGAUUUUGGCAACGCCACAUACGAUCACGAGCACCACACCUCUGUGGUGUCGACUCGCCAUUACCGCGCCCCGGAAGUCAUUUUAGAUUUGGGCUGGGACCAUGCCUGUGACGUCUGGAGCGUCGGCUGCAUCCUCAUUGAGUACUAUCUUGGAACGACGCUUUUCCAGACACACGAUAGCAAAGAGCAUCUUGCUAUGAUGGAGAGAGUCCUUGGCCCAAUCCCCAGAAACCUCCUGGAGAAAACCAAGAAGCGGCGAUACGUUCACCGUUACAAACUGGACUGGGAUGUGCACAGCUCCUCUGGGAGAUACGUCAGGAAGCACUGCAAACCCCUGAAGCAUUACAUGGCGUCCAGAAGCGAAGACCACCUGCAGCUCUUCGACCUGAUCGAGAAGAUGAUGGAGUACGACCCAGCCAAGCGCCUCAGCCUGGAGCAGGCCCUGCGACACCCCUUCUUCUCCUGCUACCACAAGAGGAGCAGCAGCAGCAGCAAGAGGAGCAGCAGCAGCAAGAAAUGCUGAACGCGACAUUAAAGCUGUUCCUUCCCGACUCUCUGAGAGAGAUGCACUUUACUGGCUGAAUCAGUCCACUGCCCCACUUUGCUGUUUCUUAGUCAAAGUGUUGAGUCUCACCCGGCAGGUUUCCCGUCGUGGCAUGUGUUUCUGUAGUGAAUCCCUCGAUGUCAAGUUUGUGUAUUUAUUUUCUCUCAUUCAAACUCAUUGAAAUUGUUUUGUUUUUUGUUUUUUUUGGUGGGUAUUUGUUUCUGGUGAUAGUUGUUGCACCAACUCCUAAUUCUGUUUCAGCAGUAAUUGAGGAUUGUAAAAUAAUGUGUACAUAGUUUUGCUCACAUCUGUAAUUACUGGCUAAGUAAAUUUUGGUAUUCUGUAUUUUCAAUAAACAUGGAGUACAACAUUG